AUGCAGGUGCUGCAGCCGCCCGCGUGGAGCGCCGCGGCAGGACGCGGGGGCUGCGCGGCGCAGCCGGGAGUCGGAGGUGGGCCCGGGGGUGCCGCGCGCUUCCCCGGCGCCGCUGUGGCUGGCAGCGGUGCCGCCAGCAGCGGCGGCGGCACGCCGCUGCAGACCCCGCCGGCGCCCGGGCUGCAGUCGGCCUCCACAGGUGCAGGGCUGCCGCAGCAGCUGCGCUCCGCCGCGACGGAGGUGGGCGCGAGGCGGAAAGAUGCCGCGGCGAUUGUGGAGCACUCGCGCGAGCAAGUCGUGGAAUACCACGAAAGAACGGUGGGCGUGCCAGUGCAGCUCAUCAGGGAACAGAUUCUGGAGGUCCCAGAAAUCUCCCACAUGGACUUCGUCAGGGAGGUUCCAGUGGAGGAGGUGCGGCAGGUGCCGAAACCCGUGGAGAGGCCUGAUGUGCAGCUAGUCGAGAAGGUGAUCGAAGUGCCAUGGGUAGAGUACCAGGAGCGCAUCGUAGAGGUCCCACAGGUGGAGUACCGCGAGAUCGUGAGGCAAGCACCGAAAUACGAGGUGCGGUACAUAGACAAGCCGAUCUUAAAGCCGAUCUUCGAGUACGUCGAGAAAAUCAUCGAGGUUCCACACAUUGUGCAGCAGGAGCGGGUGAUCGAGGUGCCACAGGUGGAAUACUGUGAGAUCGUGAAGGAGGUGAAGGUGCCCGUGCCCCAGCUGGUGUCGAAGCAGGUUCCCAAGCCGGUGAUGAACUACGUCGAAAAGAUAAUCGAGGAACCGGUGGAAUUGCGGCACGAAGUGCCCGUAGAGAUCCCCCGCUUCAUCCACGUGGAGGCCGUGACGCAGGUGGCCAGGCCAGUGUAUGAGGACGUGGUGAUGCCGUUUCCACAAGAGAGGUGGACGCCAGAGGCGGGCCAGGCAACCGCCAUCGCAGCCAGCUCUGCCACGAGAGCUGUUGUCGCUGCCGCGGAGCUGCCAGCGCAGUCCGUGCAUCUGCGGGCAGCUGGUGCACAGCCGCCGACGGCGUCUGUGCAGGCAGCCCGCGCCAGCGAGCAGACCCUGCCUAUCCCGCCGCCGGCGCAGCAGGCGCUCCCCGUGAUCGUGUCCCGCGACUCCACGACGGGGCCUCAGGCGCUGCAGGGCACCGCUGGCACUCAGAUGCUCUGGGGCGGCGUUGAGACGCAGAUGCUGCCGAGUGGCCAUGGCCCGCAGAUUCUACAGGGCUCCCUCGGGAGGCAGAUGCUGCCAGUUGCUGCUGGCACGCAGCUGCUCCCAGGCGCCGAUGGCACGCAGAUUCUACAGGGCACGCAGAUGCUGCCAGGCACCGCUGAUACGCAGAUGCUUCCGGGCGCCGCUGGUACGCAGAUGCUGCCAGGCACCGCUGCUACGCAGAUGCUUCCAGGCGCCGCUGGCACGCAAAUGAUGCCAGGCACGCAGAUGCUGCAGGACAAUGCUGGGACUCAGAUGUUACAGGGCUCCCCUGGGACGCAGAUGCUGCCAGGCACUCAUGAUAAGCAGAUGCUGAUGGGCGCCGCUGGCACGCAGAUGUUGCCAGGCACGCAGAUGCUGCAGGGCAAUGCUGGGACGCAGAUACUGCAGGGCUUCUCUGGGACGCAGCUGCAGCAGGCGCUCCCAGUGACCGUGUUCCACGACUCCAUGACGGGGCCUGCUGUGCUGCCCAUGGCCACGGCGCAGGCGUGCAGCGUGGUCGCUGCCAGGGCCCUCGCCCCAGACGCCUUCCAGCAGAUCCCGCCUCCGCUGCCAGAGGUGCUGCCGCCAGGCUUCAUGCAGACGGGCGGCGGGGGUACCGCCAGCCUCCUGCAGAGCCCGCCACCGUCGCAGCCGCAAGUGCUGCUGCCGACCAUCAUGCAGGCGGGCGGUGCGGGUACCGCAGGAGCCAUCGCCCCCGACGCCUUCCAGCAGAUCUUGCCGCCGCCGCAGCCGCAGACGCUGCCGCCAACCAUCAUGCAGGGCGUCUCCAGCAUGACGGGCCAAGUGGGCUUGCCCAUGACGUCGAUGCAGGCCGCGCAGUCCACCGGCUUGCAAGGGCAGCAGCAGUCGCCAGGCACCGGCCAGGCGGUGAUGCCUGCGGCGGAGCAGUUCGCGCACCAGGUGCUGCACGGCACCGCUGGCACUCAGAUGCUCCAGGGCGGUGUUGAGACGCAGAUGCUGCCCAGCCGCAUUGGCACACAGACAGGCUCGCUCGGGACGCAGAUGCUGCCAGUUGCUGCUGGUACGCGGAUGCUCCCAGGCGCCGAUGGCACGCGGAUGCUGCCAAGCACCGCUGAUACGCAGAUGCUUCCAGGCGCCGCUGGCACGCAGAUGCUGCCAGGCACCGCUGCUACGCAGAUGCUUCCAGGCGCCGCUGGCACGCAAAUGAUGCCAGGCACGCAGAUGCUGCAGGACAAUGCUGGGACUCAGAUGUUACAGGGCUCCCCUUUGACGCAGAUGCUGCCAGGCACUCAUGAUAAGCAGAUGCUGAUGGGCGCCACUGGCACGCAGAUGUUGCCAGGCACGCAGAUGCUGCAGGGCAAUGCUGGGACGCAGAUGCUACAGGGCUUUUCUGGGACGCGGAUGCUGCCAGGCACUGAUGCUGAGCAGAUGCUUCUGGGCACCGCUGGCACGCAGAUCCUGCCGGGCACGCAGGUGCUGCCCAGGAAUGUCGGGACGCAGAUGCUGCCGGGCGCCAGUGGUACUCAGAUGCUUCCGGGCGCCGCUGGCACGCAGAUGGUGCCGGGCACGCAGAUGUUGCAGGGGCACGCCGGGACGCAGCAUGGCUUCCCAGGCACGCAGAUGUUGCCAGGCGCUGCUGACACGCAGAUGCCGCUGGGCGCCGCUGGCGCGCAGCUGCCGUAUGAGAAUGCCGGGGCGCCUUUGCAGAAUGGCUUCCCCAGGACGCAGAUGUUGCCAGGCACCGCUGAUACGCAGACGCCUCCGGACGCCGCGGCUGGCACGCAGCUGCUGCUGGGCACGCAGAUGAUGCCUGGGAAUGCCGGGGCUCAGACUUUUCGAAGUGUUUCCGGCAGACCUCCUCCAGAGGUGUCCUCGCUCCAGGCUGUCGUGCCGACGCAGGUGCCUGCCGUGGCCCAACAGCAGGCCGGGCGCCAGGAGCGCCCCGCCGAGGAGCCGAGCGGCCGCGGCUUUUUCGAAGGGCUGUUCACAGGCCUCGCUGGGGCCUGA